CGAAAAUAAUUCCAUGAUGGCUUCCACUAACCUCAUAAUUCUGAUUGGUGGGUCCUCUUCGCGGUUUAAAUUUGAUAUUAUUUAAUUUUAUAAGUGUAAAUAAAACAUUACAUAAUGAAUGUAUUGAGACAGUUGAUCAGUCGAGUACCACAAACUCAUUCAAUGGUCAGAAAUAUUCUCACAUCCUCUGCACAAGUCCAAAGACCUCUACUCCAGAAAGCCAGUGAGCUAACAAAUGGAUUUUCAUUCACUUGGGUGCAAGAGAGAUUUGCCUCCCUGUACCAGAUGCAUCGUCGUGGUCCGCAUUUUAAAACGCGCAAGCCUAGACAACCGCUGGAUGGCAGACCUUUUAUGAAAGGCGUUGUUCUUAAGACACUCAUCAAGAAACCGAAGAAGCCUAAUUCUGCUAAUCGUAAAUGUGUGCUUGUGCGUUUGUCCAACGGGAAGGAAAUGGUAUCGUAUAUUCCCGGCAUUGGGCAUAAUUUACAAGAACACAAUAUUGUGUUGUGUCGUGUAGGUAGACUAAAGGAUUGCCCUGGUGUUAAAUUGAAAUGCGUUAGGGGUAAAUACGAUUUGUCUCAUGUUAUUCAAAUCAAAAAGUAGGAGAAUAUAAAAUAAUAACCCACAUUUGUAGAUAAAUAAAUAAUAAAUUAAAAACUCUGUUACAAGUUAUAACUUGUAGGUAAGAUAAA